CUCAAUGUUCCUUAUUCUCUUCCCCUUCUUCUCCUUCUUCUCUUUUGUAUCCUUCUCCUCCCUCUCCUCCUCCUUCUUCUCCUUCUUCUCCUUCUUGUCCUUUUUCUUCUUCUUCACCGAAGAAUCUCCCCCCACAUCCUCAUUCUCCCGCCUGCUCUUCUUCUUCUUUCCGUCCUCCGCAGUUUCGGCAUCCUCCUCGAGCUUCCGCUUAUUCUUUUUCCGUUCGUCCUUUCCUUCGGCGCUCUGUUUUCGCUUCUGUGGCUUCUCAGCGGUGAUGGCGUCGGAGGACAUUGUUGCGACGCGGUUGUGGAUUUUGUCGCAGGUACGUUCGCAAAACCCAAAAAUCUGAAGCGUGCCAAGUGAUGGAU